AUGUUCAGACGAGCUGUUUCCCUUGCUCCCAGAGCGACCAGAUGCAUUGCAUCGCCUGCCAUAUCACGACCAGCUUUGACGCCACUCACACCGGUGCCAGCUGUAACCCUCCGAAUGACCAGGAGCUAUCAUGAGAAAGAUAUGCAGAGCCCCCUCUACUUCAACCCGAGAAACGUCGGGUCAAUGUCAAAGACAGAUAUGGACGUUGGAACUGGCCUAGUUGGAGCCCCAGCCUGCGGUGAUGUGAUGAAACUACAGAUCAGAGUCGACAAGAGCAACAACACUAUCAGUGACGUCAAGUUCAAGACUUUUGGAUGCGGCAGUGCCAUCGCCAGCUCAAGUUACCUGACCGAACUGGUACGAGGAAUGACGCUGGAGGAAGCUGCAAAGAUUAGGAACACAGAGAUAGCAAAGGAACUUUGCCUACCUCCAGUCAAGCAGGACGCUAUCAAGUCCGCCAUCAACAACUAUUAUUCCAAGAAUCCCACUACCACAGACCUUUCCGGUACUGGUGCCUCAAUCGCUGAGGUUGCCGCUCAGCCCGCUCAGCCCGCUACACCCGCUCCAGCUAGCUCAAACUAA